CAUGUAAUCUAGCAACUCAGAACAGUAACUCAAAAUUGAAAAUAUUAUAUUAACUCAUCAAAUAUACAUAUAUUUUUUGUGAUCGCUGUUAUACUACUUAUUUUUUUUAAACUCUUUAGAAUAUGUCCGAUAUAAUGGAAUUAUCUGACGAUAUCCGUAAUAUAUUUUGUAAAUAUAAGGAGAAACAAAAGGCAGACCUUUUUCAAGCGCUUAAUGACGUAAAAUGUUGUGAAUGCGGUCAUCAAUCACGUCUGCGGAAUGUUCAAAAUAAAGUAUCCAUCUAUCGGAAAAUGACAAUUUUUUAUCAAUUGAUUUUGUCCAUUUUAACCGUAUUGCUUUUGAUGGCCUUUUACGCAUUAUGGGCUGCCCGACGUUAUAACCAUGUACGGCUCUUUGGGACGGGCGCUUGUGCCUCGACUUUUUUGUGGACAUAUGACGACUGCACUGUGGCUCGUUAGUGUAUUAUACUGGGUACAAAAAUACAAAUUGUAUUUCUAAAUUGCCAGAAUGCGAAAUGGAAUUCAACAUGUGUAGCAAAAUAUUAAAGCUGUUUGUAGAAGUUCAUGGCCAGCCAAAAACUUUGUUCAUGGGUCCGAAUUCCACCUUAAUAUAGUAAACAAAAAAUUUAAAACAAAAGUAAAAA